AUGGCUCCACGUGUCCACUUGAGUCUACUCUUGCUUAGUACUUGCAUCGCGACGGUACUAGCAGACUAUAGUCCACGAGAUUCCGUAGUGAUUUUAACCGAGAAAAACUUUGAAAAGGAAGUACUUCAGAGUCCUGACUAUUGGCUUGUGGAGUUUUAUGCCCCUUGGUGUGGACAUUGUAAGAGCUUAGAGCCAGAGUAUAAAGCUGCAGCAAAGAGACUCAAGAAAUACGCACGUCUGGGUGCAGUGGAUGUGACGGCCAAUGAGCAACUUGCUUUCAAGUACCAGAUCAAGGGCUAUCCGACGAUUAAAGAGUUUGGAGCAAAGAAGAAACGUCCCCAGGACUAUCGUGGUGGACGUACUACGCAAGAAAUUGUCGAGUAUGUGAUGACGUCACAUGAAGCAAAGAAGAUCGGAGUCAGUGGUGGCAACGUUGUCACGCUUUUGUUUAACCAGGUGGACACUUUUUUGAACAAAGAUUUGCCAUCAGCUAUUUUCUUUGGAAGUCCAGUGAAAGGCAAGAAGAGUUCAAAGGUACCAAAGUGGCUGGGUAAUGUAGCAGAAUCGUUCAUGGAGGGAAAGAAGAAGAAAAAGAGGCCGACAGUUCAAUUGGCAUUUGUGCCAGGGUCGGAUGAUAAGAUUGCCAACCACUUUGGACUUACUGAAGACCAGAUUCCGACUGUCAUUUACGUUUAUCCUGCCAGUCAGAAGUACAUUAUAUCGGAUGUGAGUCACUUGAACGAAGCUGCGGCCAUAAAGUUCAUUAGUGAUGCACUGGCGAAAACUGAGACGGCGGAGAAGGAUGAGUCAUUGCCUACUGUACCUCUGUUCCCGUCACGCAAAGUGGCCAAAAAGAAACCUGUGGUUGCAUUGAAAGAAUUUGAUACCGACACUGUUCGUGAUUGUGUCGCUCAUCGAAACAAGAUGUGCGUCGUGGUGGCCAAAGAAGAUAAGACGCUGUUGCGUUCCUUGGCCAAGAAGUACCGCCGCGACCCAUUCACUUUCUUGUUUUGCAAGCCCGAUGCGCCGGUCUUCCAAGCUCUGACCAAUUACGUUGGUGACGAGACUGCAGAGGUGGUUGUGCUGAGAUCUGGUCGCAACAUGAAGUACUCGGCCCUGCCAGGUACGAACAAGGAAAGCGCCAUUUCGGAGUUCCUAGACAAGCUCAUUGAUGGCUCGACUUCGUUUCUGGUACCAAAGGGAGAUCUGGAAACGUUUGUAGCUGCGGUGGCUAAGUUGUCGGCUGUACACGAAGAGCUGUAG